UAGCAUUGACACAGGCGCAUGCGCAAAAGCGUGUACAUUUCAAUUUCCGGUUAGAGUACGCUUCCUUUCUUUUCUAAUCGUCCAAGAUGGUUAACGUGCCAAAACAAAGGCGCACUUUUUGCAAAAAAUGCAAAGUACACAAGCCUCAUAAAGUAACACAGUACAAGAAAAGCAAAGAACGUCAUGCAUCACAAGGUAGAAGACGUUACGAUCGUAAACAACAAGGUUUUGGUGGUCAAACCAAACCUAUCUUCAGAAAAAAGGCGAAAACUACAAAGAAAAUUGUCUUAAGAAUGGAAUGUACAGAAUGCAAGUACAGAAAACAGAUUCCUCUUAAAAGAUGUAAGCAUUUUGAAUUAGGUGGUGACAAAAAGAGGAAGGGUCAAAUGAUUCAGUUCUAGGGUGAAGUUAUGUAAAUUAAAUUUCUCUAUGUAUUUAAUAAGAAAUGAAAUAAAUCCUUCUGAAUUUG